UUCAGCACACAGCAGCCUGAGAGGGGAAAAAAGGAAUCUCCAAGUCUGCAUCUUCAUCCUUCCUUUCAGUGAAGGUGAUUUUCUUCUCUUCCAGCAUACCUGGAGUGAUGAAUGACAUCCAUGACAAGAGCAAUAUCAGCAAUAUCAGUGUUACUGUGGAAUGGUUCCAGUUCAUCAUGUACACCCCCACAUUUAGCCUGGGAUUGCUGUUCAAUGUGAUGGCUCUGUUGUUCCUCUUUCUUAAGAUUAAAAAGCUGUCAGAAUCUACGAUCUACAUGAUAGCCCUUAUAUUCCUGGAUACUUUGCUGUUGUUUACUCUUCCUUUUAAAAUCAUUUCCUACCACGACAACUGGAACUUGGGGUCUGUGUUUUGCUCCAUCUUGGAGAGUCUUUACUUUGUAAACAUGUAUGGCAGCAUUCUCAUCUCCCUCUGCAUCUGUGUGGACCGGUACAUCACUAUCCGGCACCCCUUCACAGCCCGCUCCCUGAGAUCCACCAGGAAAGCUGCCACGGUCUGUGCUCUUGUCUGCCUGGGCACCUCGGUCGGGACAGUCUCUACGACCCAGUUGCAUGAAAAGGGCCACAACAUCUCAUCCUGCUUCCAUACCUUCUCCCAGAGCACAUGGGGGAACACAGGCCUGUUCAGCACCUUGGAGAUCAUCUUCUUCGGCAGCAUGGCAGCCAUGACGUUCUGCACUGCCCAAAUUGUCAGGUGCCUGAGAAGGCACAGACAUCCAGACAAGCCCCAGACACACAUCUCUAGAGCAGAGAGGAUCGUGGUGACAAACCUGGUGGCAUUUUUGGUCUGUUUCACCCCUUACCACGUGGCAUACUUCAUGUACUUCUUGGCAAAGAAUAAAAUCAUCCACAUCAGUCUUCAAAAAGUGCUGCGAGAUGUCGUUCAGAUCACCCUUUGCUGGGCAAACCUGAACUGCUGUCUUGAUGGGGCGUGUUAUUAUUUUGUUUUAAAGGAGUCCUUGGAAGACCCAUCACAAAAUACGGAAAGAAGAGUCAUGUCAAAGCCUUGAUUUACAUACUGCAUGUUAAUUAAUUGGGAUGAUGUGUGGUGAGGC